AUGGCAGACAGUGUUGUGAGUUUCCUGUUGGAGAACCUGACUCAGUUGCUUACCCAAGAAUCAAAAUUGCUACGUGGAGUUGAGGAUCAAGUCAGGUCACUUAAGAACGAACUGUCUCUGAUCAACCUCUUCCUCCAAAAAACUGAAGGCAAACGACAAGACGAAUUGGUGAAGGAGGUAGUCAGCCAAAUUAGGGACGUAGCCUAUGAGGCUGAGGAUGUUGUUGAUACAUACAUCAUUACCGUGGCAGAGCACAGGAGAAGAAGCAAGCUGAGGAAGUUAAUCCCUUCAUGUGACCGAGCAAUUACAUUUCACGAGGUUGCAAGCAAGAUAGAGAGCAUCAAGACCAUCAACAAGGAAAUUAACGACAAUAGGAGCAAGUACGGCAUAGAAAUUGCGGAAUCAUCCGGAGGAGAUGCAGAAGCAGAGGAGAUACUGCACAGGCGCAGGAAACAUGUUGAGGAAGAUCAAGUAGUGGGCUUCGCUCAUGACGCUGAGGUAUUGAUGAAGGAGCUUAUGGAAGGGAGUUCGCAACGGAAUAUUGUUUCAAUCAUUGGCAUGGGCGGCUUAGGCAAAACCACUCUUGCUAAGAAGAUCUACAACAACAAUGAUGUCAAGAAUUAUUUUGAUUUCCGUGGGUGGGUUUAUGUCUCUCAAGAAUAUAGAAUCAGAGAGCUGUUGCUUGAAAUUUUGAAGGGACUGACAACACUGCCAAGAGUGAUGUUUAGAGCUGAAUUGAAAGAGGAAUUACUCCAUGGGUUGGAAGAUAAGUGUAGCUCGAAUAAGAAUAAAGUGAAAGGGACACUGACUGAAGAUUUGAAACGUUUCAAAGAAAUGAAUGAUGAAGAAUUCAGAAAGGCAUGGUUUGAGUUCUUGGAAGGCAUGCAAGAGCAUAAUGAUUUGAAAAUUUUAUUGUCAGGUUUCGUGCAAGAUUUUUACAAGAAGAAUGGUGUUAAGUUGCAAGAUAUGACAGAUGAUGAAUUGAGAAGUGUGUUGCAUGAAAGCUUAGAAGACAGGAGGUACUUACUUGUCAUGGACGACAUCUGGAAAACUGAGGUAUGGAAUGAGGUAAGUACUGCCGUUCCAAAUAACUCAAAUGGGAGUAGAAUAUUGAUCACUAGCCGAAUAAAAGAAGUAGCAUUACAUGCAACUACUGUUAAUAAUAGUGUUCCUCCUAUUCCCCCUUAUGAACUCCCAUUUCUUAAUGAAGAUAAAAGUUGGGAACUCUUCUCUAAAAAGGUAUUUUGGGAAGGUACUUGUCCUCCAGAACUAGAAACACUAGGUAGACAACUUGUGAAAAGUUGUGAUGGUUUACCACUUGCUAUUGUGGUAUUGGGAGGUUUUUUGGCGAGUAAGGAGAAAACACAUCGAAUAUGGUCAAAAUAUAUUGGCCAUGUCAAUUCGUAUCUAACUGAGGAUAGAUCAAGUUGUAUAGACAUAUUGGCUCUAAGUUACAAUCACUUACCCCGCCGCUUGAAACCAUGCUUUCUAUAUUUUGGUAUCUAUCCAGAAGACUUUGAGAUACCAGUGAGGCAACUAAUUCAACUUUGGAUAGCCGAGGGAUUCAUACGGCAAAUUGGGAAUAGAAAUAUAGAGGAUGUUGCUGAAGACUACUUGGAGGAACUCAUUAAUCGAAGCCUGAUUCAAGUGGCAACGAAAAGGCUAGAUGGAGGAGUCAAAACAUGUCGUAUCCAUGAUCUUCUACGAGACCUCUGUAUGUCGGAGAGUUCUGAAGAGAAGUUUCUUGAGGUUCAUUCAAAUGUUAACCUUUCACCCAUAGGCAAAUCUCAUAAAAUUUCCAUCCACUAUGGCAAUAAUCCAUACAUUUCUUCCAGCCCUUGUAAGCCUUCAAAUAGUCGCUCUAUAAUAGUUUUCAAGGGGGUUGUUGAGCAUGAGUGUCCUGUUGAUAAAAGCUACUUGAAAUGGAUUUGCAAAAGUAACAAGUUGGUUCGGGUGGUAGAGCUCAGUAAUAUGGGCAUUUGUUGCUUAAUCUCCAAGGGAAUUGAAAAGCUGGUCCUACUGAGGUACUUAAGCAUUUCGUCUGGUGAGCUUCAUGUCAUUCCAAAUUCCAUAUGCAACCUUUGGAAUCUAGAGACGUUGGACAUGAGAAAAUCUACAGUGAAAACAAAAUGCUUGCCCAAGGGGAUAUGGAAGUUACAAAGAUUAAGACAUUUGUACCUGGAUGGGCCAACAUCUCUACCUAGAACUAAAAAAAAUACAGCGGCUUUACCCAAUCUUCAAGUCCUUACUGGUAUAGCUAUAAAUGAAGACACUGAGAGUCACUUUGCCACGGCCAGAUUUCCUAAUCUAAGAAAAUUAGGAUUGUAUUCUUCAAGAUGGGUAGAGUCAGGGAUUUUGUCAAGCCUCCGUCCCUUGUGUCAUCUACAAACUUUGAAGAUUUAUCAUCUUCAUGAGAUUUCGUCAAGUCGUACUUCAAUUUUGUUGACCCUCACAAAAAUAACCUUAGUAGAUUUAGCCUUAGUAGAUUCAGCCUUCAUGGGAGUGUUGGGUAGCCUUCCCAAACUUCGAAUACUCAAAGUAAUUGGAAGAGCUGCCGUUGACUAUGAAUUCGUCAGUAAUGUCCUCAAUUGCGAUGAAAGAAGUUUUCAGCAACUUGAAGUCUUUAAAAUGGCAAGGCUGGACUCUGUUGAAUGGAAAUUAGCGCAAGGUGCAAUGCCAAACCUUCAACGUUUGGUCAUCGAAAAGACCUUAUUUAUGCUCCCGGACGAACUAUGGUGCUUGAGUGCCUUGCGGGAUGUGGAAGUUUUACAUCCCGGUCCAGAAUUGGCAAAGAGGCUUCGACAGUUGCAGAUGAGGGAUGGAUGUAAGCUCCGUGUCUAUCCACCUCUCGACCGAGAGAUUAGACGUUUUACAUCCCAAUCCACAUUUGGCAGUGAGGUUUCGACAGUUGCAGAAGAGGGAUGGAUGUAA